AUGAAAGGGGCACGAGCCCUACGGGGCGCCGCCGUAACGGCGCUCUUCUACUAUGCCUUCGCGCUCCCCCAGGCAAGCAUCACCGCCACCCAGUCACCAAUGGCAUGGGUGACGGUAGACGCUGCAGGCUCGGCGCAGACGAUCACGCCUGGCGUGAUCACAACGAACGGGCAGCUCGCAACUAUUUCCGAAGCCCCAGCCGAGCUCCGCUCCACCGCAACCUACACUCUCUCCCCGAGCGGCCGGGCAUCCACCUACACCGGCCUCGCACCCGUCGCCUCCGUAACCGGAACAGACGACAGCCCGGCCGGCGUCUUCCUAGCGUGCGACUCCAACGCCAGCGUCGGCCCUGUCCAGCCCUUCUGCCUCCCCAGAGCAGGAAGCGAACUUCACCCAGGAAAGACCUACUACAGUACAUUCUCUCCACUCACCCCUUCCACCCAUUUACUCACCAGCCAACAACCGCUAAUACCUCCCUUCCCACGCCCUCCAGUAACCUGGUCUCCCGCCUACUUCUCCCCCCCAACGCUUAACCUCACGCUCAAAGUCCUGAUCUCCAACCCCACCCCCGACAGCCCCUCCUCCCCCGGCGACAGCGGCGCCGGUGCCAUCGAGACCUUUCGGCCUCUCCUCCCCCCCGAUCUCCGCAUGGGCAGCUGA